AUGCCAUCCAAUCGAGCAGCCUGGUUGUCAGCUAAGUCCGCGCGACCACUGGAGGUCAAAACAGCCCCGUACACGCCUCCUGCGGCCAACGAAAUCGUCAUUAAGAAUGGUGCCAUUGCAAUCAACCCGGUAGAGUGGUCCAAACAACUGGUUGGAGACUUGAUGUUCUCAUGGAUCAAAUAUCCAUUUAUUCUCGGCAACGACCUCGCGGGCGCGGUUGUGGAGGUUGGUCAGGGAGUCACGCGCUUUAAGCCCGGCGACCGCGUCCUAGGCCACGCGCUUUCGAUGGAUCCCACCGUGAAUAAGAACUCCGAGGGCGCGUUCCAGGAAUAUACGGUUGUGCGCGCGAAUAUGGCAUCACCGAUUCCGGAAACGCUCUCCUACGAGGAAGCCUGCGUCCUACCGCUAGGACUGUCAACGGCCGCUUGUGCAUUGUUUCAAAAAGAUACUCUCGCACUCGACUACCCUGAUGCGUCAGCUACCACGACUGGUGAAUCUAAGAACACUGGAAACGAAGCGGUCGUGAUCUGGGGUGGGUCUAGUAGUGUCGGAUGCAAUGCUAUCCAGCUUGCCACGGCCGCGGGAUACAAUGUCUUCACCACCGCUUCUCCAAAGAACUUUGACUUCGUCGCCAGUUUAGGAGCCACCAAGGUGUUCGAUUAUCGCAGCAAGACAGUAAUUGCAGACAUUCUCAAAGCCCUCAACGGCAAGAAACCGGUCGGCGCGAUUGCGAUCGGGAACGGCUCGACGGAAGCAUGCAUGGAGAUUCUUUCCCAGGCCAAUGGAUCGAGACACGUUGCGCAGAUCAGUUUCCCGUGGCCGGAGAAAACCCCUACUACUACUUUGGCCCUUGUCGGUGCCAUCAUGGGCCUAAUGUGGUGGAAUUUCAGCAUCUUUAUCAAAUCAAAGUUCAAGGGCGUGACGGCCAAGUUCGUCUUUGGGAGCAGCUUGUACAAUAAUGAAGUGGGCGGGAUCAUCUAUGAUGAGUUUCUGCCCGAGGCAUUAGCACAUGGAAGCUUCGUGGCAGCUCCAAAGCCGUUAGUGGCUGGGAAGGGAUUGGAAAAGAUCCAGGAGGCCAUGGAUUUGCAUAUGAAGGGGGUUUCUGCUAAGAAAGUGGUUGUCUCUCUAUAG